UAUAAAGGACAUUGAUGAACAACAGUGGGAAAUCAUGUCAUACAUCAGCUAUAUAGGCUGCAGUCUGUCUGCCGUCUUUUCUGCUUUCUCCAUAUUGUCCUAUAUUGUCAACAGUAAUGCCAGGAAAGAAGUGUCCAGACGCAUCCAUGUGUCUCUGAGUGCUGCUCUGUUUCUCCUCAACAUCAGCUUCAUGCUCAGUGAAUGGGCCGCCACACUGAAUAUAAAUGAAGUUUGUGUGUUUAUUGCUGUGACGAUACACUACAGUCUGUUGUGUUGUUUCACCUGGAUGGCCAUUGAAGCUCUGCACCUCUAUCUUCUUCUGGUCAGAGUCUUCAACAUUCACAUCAAUCAUUACAUGGCAAAGCUCUCUCUAAUUGGAUGGGGAGUCCCGGCUCUUCUUGUUGGAAGCUUGCUAUUAGUUCAGAAGAGUCGAUCUGUGUAUGGUACUAAAAAAGUCACAUUAUCAGAUACCAAUCAAUCAAAUGCAAUGUAAGUCCUCACAUUAUAAUUUUGUACUUACUGUGAGUUCACACCAGCCGCGUUUGAGGCAUCAAAUUUGCCGCUUCAACAUUUUGAAUUUACUCGCUUCAUUCACGCAUGAAAGCCGCACAUGAAAUUCUAGUCAUCGAGACAUUCGCGUAAUGGGAGGGGCUUCUGCAACUCUGCUCGCUUCCUGUAAUCAUGUCACUACUAGAUCAAGCUUCUGGUUGAUUAACUCGCCGCGUUUUUCCUUCAACGUUCAGAUUUUUCAACUU